AUGGAUUAUGAUUGUGAUACUUUACAAUCGGCGAAGAAAAAUCGAGCUGCAAGUCAACAAUUUUAUCAAUAUUUGAUGACGGUUAGUGGAAUUGGGGUUUUGGAAUUAGAAUUCUGAGAAGUCUAAACUUCAGGAGCAAAAAUAUUCCAGAGACAGCCAAAAAUUAGUCUUAAAAACCAGCUUUUAAGUCUAGAAUCAGCUAUUCUUCCUGAAAAAUUUCAUCGAAGUCCAGAAGUGUUUUUUCUUCUGAAACCGCAAUUUUUCCAACAAAAAAAACGUUCUCGUUUCCUGAUUCUUUGACCUCAAAAAUUGUUUGCCCCGAAAAUAAUUAGUUUUAUACAAGUUGCAACAAUACAAGGUCGUCUAUAUUCCAAGAAAACCAAAAAAGUUUUUUUUUCGCUCACGUUCUCAUCUAAAUUUAAAAACCUUCCAAAAGUCCCUGCGUGGCUCAGUGGUAGUGGCUUUUGCUGCGGCUCACAAGGCUCCAGAUCAAUUUUUGGGUCCGGCAAGAUUUUUUAUUUUUUUCAAAAACAUUUCUGAAACUGCAGUUUUAGAAAUAUUAUUUAUUUAUCCUCAAAAAGCUGCCCACUAAUUGUUUCCUAAAUAUAUAUUUCCCACCAAAAAGCACCCCAAUCAACAACAAUAAAUUCCUUUUUCAUCUGUGUCUCUUUUAUACCUUCGCGCACACCUGGUUCUUCUUUUUCUCCUUUCUUUCAUAAUAUGUACAAAUAUAUGCAUAUAUCUCUGCGUCUCCUAUUUUUCGCAUACUAUUUCAUUUGGUGACACCCGGCGCGGUGACCACACUUCGAUUAUUGUUGUUAGUCAUUUUGGGUGUACAUUUUUGUCUCUGUGAGUGUAUACUUUUUGAAACAAAUGAAUCGUUUCAACUCCGGGUUUUUCGGAUUUCAUCUCUGUUUUUUUUUAAAGAAUUUCCUAGCUUCUAUAUGAGACAAGAAUUAGGUGGAGUUUUAGGGCCAACAAUUUCCGAAAACAUUUCGAUUUUUGAAAUGAUGUAAUCUGGAUUUUUUGCUCUUCCGGGUUUUCGGAUUUCAUUUGAUUUGUUUUUUAAAGAAAUUUUCUAGCUUUUCUUAAUGUGAUUUAAAAAAUCAGGUUUUUUGAUUUGAAAAAAAAAAAUUCCGACAAAUAUUCUUAGUGUAUUCUAGGCACCAAAUUUUGAAUUUUAAACAUGAAGACACGUCGAUUUUUGGCGCAAAAAUAAAACUUCAAAUUAAAAAUUCCACGUGGAUCUUUGGCGCAAAAAUAAAACUUCAAAUUAAAAAUUCCACGUGGAUCUUUGGCUCCAAAUUUGAAUUUUGAAAUGUUUCCAAAAGUUCAAUCAAGGAAUUUUUUAAUUUUCAAAAAUUAUUAUUUUCAUUUUCAUUUUCCGACAAAACAUUUUUUCAUGACUCAUCCCAAAAUUCCUCUCUUUUUCUCUUCUUAUCAAUUUUUGUUGAUCAUUUUUUUCAAAAAUAAAAAAUAAUAAUUUGCAACUACUUUUUUGCAGCCAAAAAUCUCUAUGAAUCCACCGGCCAAGGUAAGUUUUAACAACAAAAAGAGAAAUAAUGACCUUAGAUGUUAUCUUAUCGAUUUUCUUGCGAGAAAAACAAUAUAUGUCCAAAUAUGUUGUUUUUAUCGAUUUUUGGGGUUGAUUCCUUUUUCCAAGAAAAAAUAUACAUAUAUUUUUCCCAAUAAUUUUCGCAUUUAAAUGUUUUUUUUUCAACAAAACAUUCUGCGCGAAACAUUUUUGUGUCUAUUAUUUGUAUUUAUUUUGAAUGACUCAUGUUAAAUAGAAGACAUUUUUGAAUUGAUUCAUUUCUCCAUUUUUAGAUUUAUGGAAAUAUUUUCGAAAUGUUGUGAAAUGUUUCAGACAAAUAUUUUCCGAGAAUUUCGAAUUCAAACUUUUUGGGCUAGGAUUUUAUGAUAAAAAAUCAAAAAUCAGUUAAUUUUUGGGGCCAAUUCUAAUUUCAAAUUUGCAAGUUAAGAUAUUUUCGGUAUAAAAAGGGCCCUUCAAAAAUACUCAGAUUCAAAUUAUUUUUUAAAGGUCCGCUUAUCCGAUAUUCCAAUUCAGGACCUGUUCAAAAAUUCUCUAAUUUUCACAAAAAGUUCAAAAUAUCAUCCCAUUCGUUUUUUCUCUCUCCUGUUACUCAUCCUAUAUUAUUAUUAUUAUUAUUAUUUGUGUUCAUUUAUUCAUUUCCUUCUUUUUUUCCGAUUCUCAAAUACCGGAUCGUUUCCUUCUUUCUCCAGCUUCUGCUUCUUUUUUUUUUCAUUCGCUUUGACGCGCGAGAAAAAAGCACACAAACAAAUAUACAACAAACACGCUUUUGAUCAACUCUCAUAGCAGAAGCACAAGACGAGAAACAAGAGUGUUUCCGGACAAUUUUUUUCGAGUUCGAGUGAUUGAUUUUGUUACUUUUUCUUUUUUUGUUAUUUUUGAAAUUUGUUUCGGAUUUUUUCUUGAAGAUGGAAUUUCAAUUGUUACUUUAAAAUUCAAAAAUUAAAUUCUGCGCGAAAUUCCGGAAUUUUCAGAAACAUUAGAUGUAGAAGUAUUUUCAGUUAUAAAGCUCUCAAAAUUCCAACUCUAAAAUUCUGUGCAAAACUUCUGAUUUUUUCCUGAAAACUGGGCUCAUUUCGUUUUUUAAAAUUAUUUUUAGGGGCCCUAAAGGUUUUGUGGCUUCUAUCUUUUGUAGAUCAAAGUUUUUGAUGCACCAAAUUAUAAAAUUAAACUUCAAAAAAUAUUGAUCAUCAAAAAAUUCUACACCCAACCGUUUUUUUCCAACCAGUUUAUCUAGCAUUACAAAAAAAACGAUUUAUUAUUUAUUUAAAUAUAAAAUUAUUAAAUGCGCGAAAUAUGCUCCGCCCAUUUAUGACUCAUUCAUAUUUAAUAAAACUAGAAAAAUUGAUCGAUUUUUCUCUGAAUUCCUCUUUAGCCCUAAAUAAUACAAAGAACCUUUUUUGUGAAGAAAACAAGAUGGUGUCUCCUGAUUUUCAACACUAUUUCCAUGUUUCACCCCCGAUUUUAAUUACCAUUCGGAUCGUUACCGACACCUGCUGCCUUUUUCCUUUUUCCUUUUUUCUCCUUUUCUUUCUUUACAUUUUUCACAUUUUUUCAUAAGGUCAUUUCAUUUUAAACAAAGCAAAUACAAUGAAAAAUAAAUGCUAAUCUACAAUUUUUAGAAGAAAAAAAAAUAUUUUUUCAGCCAACUCGAACUUUUCUUCCUCACGAUCACAGUCAAAUGCUUCAUCGAAGUCCUUCGGGUGCAAAACGAAAAAUUCGGCAGAAACGAGAGGAAGCGUGAGUUUUGGGGGAGUUUGGGAAUUUUUGGACAAAAACUUUUUUGGUCCAAAGUUUUUAAGGGAUACUUCAAAAUUCGAAAUUAUUUUUGAAAAGGUUCAAAUAAAUUUAAAUUUGAUUUUCAAGUUGAAAUUGAAGAUACCUUAAUUUUGAGGGAAAAAGUUUAAAAUAGACCACCCAAAAUGUUUCCAGAAAUAUUUGGUCCAAAAUAUUUCAAGCCUGAAAAUUUGAACUAUUUUGAUUCAAAAGAAUUGAGGAUCUUCAGAUCACACAUAAAAUUUUUAUAUCUGAAAAUGAUUCAGGUUUUGAUUCUCGAGUUUAAGUUGGCAAUUUUUCCACUAUCUAGAUUUGAUCUCCCUAAAAAUCUAACGAAAAAAAAAACAUUCCCAACUUUUUUUCCGAAUAUCCAAUUAAUAUCACCAGAUGCGCAACACAUCUGCAUAUUUUCCACAUAUUUUUUUCUUUUCACAAAAAAUGAGUCACUCGCAGAUGUUCCCCCACAAAAACUAUCCCAUCAUUUUAGCGCAUCUCGUCCAUCUCCAUUUCUCUCACCAUCCUCAUCUUCUUCCACAAAUACCACCAAUUCUUCGCCAACACCAACCGAAACUUCGUCGAAUUAUCGAAGUUUGAUCGAUUCCGGUGAUUAUCAAUCGAUUAUGCCGGAUUUUGUGCCUGAAGUUGCUCCACCAGUUCCAACGCCAAGGUAAGAUUACAGGGCUGCAGGAUUUUGGAAUGAAGCUUACAAUUAGACCUCCCCGUAAAAGCGAAAUUCAAAAAAUUCAAAUUUUAGGUCACUUUCAUUUUUAUCAAUCGAAAGUCUUGUUUUACGGAGAUACUCAUCUUUUUCUUCUUUAUUUUUAUCUGAAAAUUGAUCCACUUGAAAUAUAUUAUAAUUAAUUACUAAUUAAUCAAUUUAGAAAAAUAUUUCGUGAUCCAGUUUUUUUUCUCUUCACAAUUGCAUAUUAUUAGGUACAAUUUUCGUUCAAUUCUCAAGUAUGCAAAAAAAAAUCGGGAGUUAAUUAGAGACUAGAAUAAAAGCUAGAGAAAUUUUAGAAAUGGGAAAAGUUUUUGUAAAAAUCCACGUGGCAAAGUAUUUGGCUCAACUGGUAGAACGCUUAUUUUCUAAGUUCAAGUCAAGAGUUCGAUCCCCACGCGGACAACUUUUUUUUAAAUCGAAAAAUCUUCAUUCUAUUUAAAAUUCCUCUGCUUUCUCCAACAAAAAAAAUGACACAAUAAUUUCCGUCUCCCAAUUACGAAAUAAAAAUAACAAAAAUAUUUGAAAUUCCUUUCCAUUUUCACCUAAAUAUUUUCAUUUCUCACACCCAUUUUUAGCGGCGUCGCGCGGCUUUUAUUAACAACAUUUAUUUCUCCUCUUAUCUUUUUAUGCCAAAUAUCAUCUUUCCUUCUUUCUCAUUUCAUUUCAAUUCAAUCCAUCUCCAACAAUUUUUCCUUUUUUUACGUUUUUUCUCGAAAAAGGCUAAAUAUUUACAUUAGUAUACGAUUGAUAAGCAAAUAAAGUUUUAGUUUUUUUUGAAAAUUUUUAAUUCAUAUUUUUUUUGCAGACUGUCUGUCCCAUUUUCAAACUCAAUGAGCUCUUUGGAGCUUUCGACUUCUACAACAAAUUCAUCUUCAUUAUUCUCGUCGUCUUUGUUGAUUCAACAAAAUAUGAAACCAACUGUUGAGGUGACUGAAAAAUUAGAAAAAAAUUAUCAAAAGAAUUUUGGACUUUUUUUUUCGAAAAACAUGAUGACUUUCUUAUCAUGAAUUCCCAAAUUAAUCCUCUUAAACCUUAGAAAUAUAAUUUGAAAUUUGAAAUAUGAAAUCAUUCAUAAUUUUUUUGUAGUUCAACAAUUCGGGGCUGAAUUUUUAGAUCUUAGAACUUUUCAUAAAAAAAGAAAGAAAAAAAUUACAGAAAUUCUUUUCGAAAAAAUAAUUGAAAAAGUUGAAAAACACAAAUUAUCAAGUUUAUAAUAAAAAUUUAAAAAAAAAUGAAUUAAAAACAUUUUCCUGAUCCAUCCAAAUUCCCAAUUUCCAGGUGCACCCAAUGCCAGUCGACGAGCGUUCGUCAAUCUCUGGAUCUAGUCUAAGCGGAAGUAUCGAUCUCGACAUUUACAAACCAAAACCACCAGUUCCAGUCAAACCAAAAGGAUUAUUGAUUGAUCAUUUGAACAGGUACGCCCCAUAUUUUUUUUGUUGCUUAUCAAAAAUUCACUUUAUUUGCUAUUUGCUCUCAUUUUUUGUAAAAAUACAACGAGGAGCGAGAAAUUCUGAAUCAUUCGAUUUUAUUUCGUAUUGUUUUUUGCUACAUUUCAAUGUAGAAAUAAUGUGGUUAUUAUUUUUAAUUUAGAAAAAGAAAAAAGUGUAAAGUUUUGAAGGUCACAUUGUCUAGUUUUCAAGGAAGAAGAAGCGUUUUCAACAAAAAAUUUCGAAAUUCAUCUCAAGUUUUCUUUUUUUCAUUUCGUCUAACAUUUUUUCCUAAAUCUUUUGUUUUGCAGAUCAACUUCAAUGACUUCUCUCACUUCACCAGUUCAACACACAACUUCAGCAUUUUUGAGCAAUUUCAUGCCAACUCCAUCGCUCAUAAAUCUUCAGCAAGGAUAUAGAAAUCCCGAUUUGGGAAGUCAGGAUUUGGCAAAACUCGAGAACACAAGACAUGAGGUGUGUAAUUUUAACUUUUAAAAAAAUUUUGUCAAGAGUUUAGCGCCAACAAUUUUUUUUCUAAAUUCUAGAAAUCAGGAAAUUUUUAUUUGAAAAAUUUCGAAAUUCAAAGAUUCAAAAACAGUGUGAACACGGUCAUGUGAAUUUUUUCACUUCGAAAAUCCAGAAUUCCAAAAUUUAAAAUAAAUUGCAUCGAAAAAAAACGCCACGUGGCUUUUUUGUUUGAAAGUUGAAAAUUCUAACAUGAAUAAUUUUAUCGAUUUUUUUGCAGAGCAUUCAAAAAGUGAGCCGAAAACUAAGCACAUACGAGGAAGAAAAAAGUCAAAUCGAAAACGAGUUGGACGAAAUCGAGCGAACCGGAUCGCGUCUUCUCGCAAUCGUCGAACAUCACAACAAAAAUCUGGCUGCAAAAAUUCGUCGAUGCUUGGAAAAUAGUCGAGAAUUGAUUGCGAUUGAGACGAAUUUGCGAUUGCAAAUGAGCAAAUUGGAUGAUCGAGCAAAAGAUGGAGCAAUCGAUAAAUCGGCUGCACAUUUUGAAGAAUCGAGAUUGAGGAGACGAUUUCAGGAGACGGACUUGUUGAGAAAAAUUUAUAUGAGAAGAGAGAAGGAAUAUGAAAAGGAAUUGGUGAGUUGGCAAAAGCCACGUGGCUCUUUGGUAGAUUUUUGGAAAAAAUCUAAAAGUUCACAUUUUGAAUGUCAAUUUUUUUCUUUUUCAAACUUUUUCAUUAAAAUUUUUCUUUAAAAAACUUCCAAUUUUUCUUUUAAAAAAAUCAAUAAUCCAAAAUAUUCAUAUAUUUUUCAGUCAAAUCUUUUCAACGAUGACGAAUAUCGUCGUUGGUGUCUCUUCAAAGAUGCCUCAACUCGACUUCUCAAAGACGACACAUCAGUCGAUUAUUGUAUUCGAGAAUCUCGAAUGAAACUCGACGCUCUUCAUCUCGCCCCCAGAACUACUGCAUAA